AUGUUCAGACUUUUGAAGAUAUGUUUCUUAUUGAUAUCAGUGCAUCAUGCUGAGAUUACACACAGCCAGAACUCUGAAGAUUUGCCUCCGUUGUUACACAAAGCUGUGGAGGAAGUAAUAACUGGGAAAUAUCUGAAUGCCCUCCUUGAUAUACUUCAUUUCCAGAGUUCUAAUGGCUGGACUGCAGAUAUUCUUACAAAAGUCAUGGCGUAUUUUCAUGCCAAGGAAGUUAUGUUUACUCUUAGCAGCCUACAGAUGUCAAUAAAAGGUUACCUGAAGAACCUUUUACGCCAGCCUAGGCAACUACUCUUUGAAUUUCAACAGCUUGAUCAGCAGCAGUUCCAAACUGCAAUGAAGUAUCUCUUCAACAGCAGAAAGAACCAUCUUGAAAUGGGAAAUAUUACCCUUGAUUGGGACAAGACCAGAGAGAGACUUUUUCAAAGCCCAGGAGUAAACAGGACCUUGUUCCUUGUAACGCUGGAUAAAUGCUUUCUGGCUCUGAGUGCUUUGGACUGUGUGGAUAUCCUAAGCCAGAUUUUGCGUGUGUCAGCGGUGAACUAUCUCCAACCUGAGGUCGUUGGGAACCUCCCGAAUGUCCUGCAGGAGGAUGCUUUCAGAAACUUAUCAACAGUAUUCAAGGACCUCUAUGACAAGACCUCUGCAAAUACACGGAGAGCUCUGUAUGGCUGGAUGAAGCAGAUUCUACAGAAGUCCUGUAACAUGAGUGAUUUCAAUGAAACAACUUCUUGGGUCAGUGCAGAAAACUUACGGAUUUUGGGAAGAUACAUGGUCCAUCUCCCAUUAGAAGAAAUUCUGAAAAUCGAUCUCAGUGAAAUAAGACUGUUCAUUAGCUAUGACAAUGCAACCAAGCAGCUGGACACCGUGUAUGAUAUCACACCGGAGCUUGCACGAGCUUUCCUGGAAAGAAUAAACUCAUCAGGGUUUGAUAUGAGAAACACUUCAACUAUCUACAGGCUGGGUUUAUUGGUUUGCUUUUAUGACGACAUGGAGCAGAUGGAUGCUGCUGUGGCCCGGGCUUUACUUCAUCAAAUGAUUAAAUGCAAUCAGUUGAGAGGUUUCCAGGCUGAGGUUCAGAAGCUCAAAUCUCAACUUCUGAACAUUGCCAUGCAAAACCAAACUUUGAACGAUAUCCUUGGAUCUUUGUCAGAUGCCGUGAUUGGACUCACUUCAAGUCAGCUGGAAUCCUUGUCACCUGAAGCGGUGCAUAAUGCUAUUGCAACAUUAAACCAAGUUUCUGGGUGGGCAAAAAGCCAAGUUAUGGUUUUAUCCAGUAAAUACCUCUCUUAUGAAAAGGUUUUAUCAUCUUAUAAUGUUAGUCAAAUGGGCGCAUUGGUAACUGGUAUUAGCACCCAGUCGUUCUACAGCAUGAACCCAAAGGAGCUUUCUCAGAUUAUUCGAGGCACAACAUCGCAAUACUUACCCGAUUUAUCACCUGCGCAACAGCAAGGGAUCCUCAGGAAGAUAGCUGCAUCUGGAGAUUUUUCUUCAUCAGUCAAAGAUAUACAAGGAGCUUUCUUUAAAGAAAUAGCUCUUUCUGAUUUAUGGAAGCAGACUGGAUAUAAUUCUUCAAUGAUGAAAGAAAAAGAACUAAGAAUAAGCCAGGCUUUGUAUCUGUAUGAAUUACUGUCUCAGAAAAACUAUCCUGUUGACCUUCUAAGGACAGGACAGCUUGUGAAAGGAGUAACUUGUCAACUCAUUGAAAGUAUGGGCACAGACAUUUUUUUAAACAACUUUAAAUUCUUUGAAAACAAUCUUCAUCUGCUUUCUCCGUAUCAGGUUAAUUGUUUGGCUUGGAAGUUUUGGAAAGUCUCCAAUAUAUCUAUUCCUCCCUUCCUCUUGUUGGUGCUCCCGUAA